CUGCCUUCCAGGCACCCCCGAGGCAGGCAAACGACCUGCAUAAACAGCCGAGGCCCGGCCAGUCCGAACGCUAGCUUUGGCCAGUAUGAACCUGUUCCGCCUCUGUGGCGACAUGUUCCACCUGCUCAGCAUCAUGGUGUUGUUGCUGAAAAUCCGGGCCACGAGGUCGUGCCGAGGCAUCUCUCUCAAGACGCAGGAGCUCUACGCUCUGGUGUUUGUGUGCCGCUAUCUGGACCUCUUCUACUCGUUCAUCUCUGUCUACAACUCCUUCAUGAAGGUGACCUUCCUGGCCACCGCCUUUAGCAUCGUGCGGUACAUGCGGUAUGAUAAGGUCGUCAAGCAGACGUACGACCGCGAGCAGGACACCUUCCGCUACGUCUUCCUCAUCGCGCCCUGCCUCCUGCUGGCCCUGGUGCUGAACCACCGCUUCACGCUGACCGAGGUGCUGUGGACCUUCUCCAUCUACCUCGAGGCCGUGGCCAUCCUGCCGCAGCUGGUGCUCAUGCAGCGCACGCAGAACAUCGACAACCUCACAGCCAACUAUGUGGCCCUGCUGGGCGCGUACCGCGGCUUUUACAUCCUGAACUGGAUCUACCGCUUUGCCACCGAGAGGCACUACCGCCAGUGGAUUGUGUGGAUCAGCGGCGUCAUCCAGACGGCGCUGUACGCGGAUUUCUUCUUCUAUUAUGCGCUGUGCUGGAAGGCCAACAAGCGGCUGCAGCUGCCGGCGUGAGCCGUGCGGUC